GCCCUAGGCUCUCACCGCUCUUUCGCUAAUUUGCUCUGCCUCUGUCGCGACAUUUUGUUGCCAGUCACCGGCUUCAUCUUCAACCGUCGCUGGCUGCCUGUCUCGCUGCUUAGUUGCUCAGACCUCAUAGCCUCAGCAAACAAGAGUUUGUACUAAGAUGGCGGAGGAUUCCGAGUACCGCUGUUUCAUUGGUAACUUGUCAUGGUCAACAUCUGAUCAAAUUCUAAAAGAUGCAUUUCGGAAGUUUGGAAAUCUUGUUGAGGCAAAGGUUGUUGUUGACAAGUUUUCUGGUCGGUCCAAAGGGUUUGGUUUUGUUGCAUUUGAUGAGAAGAAAGCCAUGGAAGAAGCUAUUGAUGCAAUGAAUGGAAUUGAUUUAGAUGGUCGCGCCAUUACGGUUGACAAGGCACAACCUCAACAGAGUUCAGGUAGGGACUAUGAUAAUGAUCGUCCACGUGAUCGUGAUCGUGACCGUGACCGUGAUCGUGACCGCGGUCGUGACCGUGACCGUGACCGUGGUAGUCGUGAUUAUGGAGGUGGACGGGGGUCAGGUGGAGGAGAAUGCUUCAAGUGUGGUAAGCCAGGACACUUCGCUAGGGAAUGUCCUAGUGGAGGAGGAGGGGGUAGGGGCGGGAGGUACGGUGGAAAAGAUGACAGGUAUGGUGGUGGCAGUGGUGGCCAUCAUGGACCUGACCGGAAUGGUGACAGGUAUGGCGGUGGUCGCAGCAGGGAUGGUGGUGGUGGUGAUCGAUAUAGCCGUGACCGUUCUGGGCCGUAUGAUCGUCGAAGUGGAGGUUCUCGAGCUGGUUAGUUUUGCUGCUGCUUUUGAGUUAUUAAGAGUUGGAAAUGCUACUGCAACUGGAUGUUAUCAUGGAGGGCUGCUUCUUGGCAUGUCUGAAUCGUCGAUCAAUCUUUUGAACUUAUGAAACAUGACACUAAUAAUCUACUCUUCUAUGUCCCGUAAAUUGUUCGAUAGUAUGGUUUGAUUGGGAUCUUAUGCUUGCUUAAUUUGCACAUUUGAAUGUGGUCUCAGUCUUUUGAAUGCUACAAUCGCUGCUCGUUAUUCGCUUUCGUGAGUUGGAAUUGAAUGCUGGAUUUGUUAUGAAUUCUCUUGCAUUGACAAUUGUGCACCCCUGAAAGUCUCCACGAUGUUAGAUCGUCAAUUUAGUAUCGGUGACUUAAAAUUUGGGCUGCACCAUCAGACGUUCUUAUGAAACUGAGAGGUAGAGGCUGUCUUAGAAGUGGCUUUUUUGUCCUGUUGUAAAAUCAGAUUCUUAACAAGUAAAUGGGAGUGAACCGGGCUGCCUAUUGCUACAAUUGGCCUCUUUUUUUGGGAUACAUGUUGGCUCUAUUGCUAGUUGGGUACAUUAAACAUAAUAAAAUUGAGAAAGCGUUUUGGACAGUGACAAAACUUCUGCUGUUAUUUCAACACUAAUUGCUCUUAUAAUCUGCAAGGACCACUUGACUACUUGAGGAAGAUCAGCAAUCCUCUUAAUGGCCCAGUUGUUUAGAUUCUCUUGAAGAGUUUUGCAAUUGCUGUCCACAAUAUUUCUGGUUCUAUGUCUGGUUGUGCUCUUCCAUGAAGUUCUUGUUCCUUUUUGAUGGCCUGGUUUACAGAGUGUGCUGAUAGUUUAGUGUUACAUUCAUCUACUUCAUAGUUAGUACCUUCACCUGUUUAGCCUAUGGGUUGCACACCUUUUUUUUUGUCCUUAAUUGUCGUAGAUCAGCUGCUUAUUUUGAGUGAUGAAAUUGUCCAGGGAAUAAAUUCA